AUGGAGAAACGUCGUCGCGUGGAGACCAAAGGCGAAGGAGAAUCCAACCAAAUCCCGACAUCAACGGCCGACAUCGGCGAACAAGAAACAGACCGGAUAUCGCAGCUACCCGACGAGAUCAUCCAUAAGAUCCUCGCUCGCGUAGAACCCUCAAAAGAAGAUGCAAAAACCAGCGUCCUGUCUCAAAGAUGGGCCGACCUCUGGCGAUCUUACCCAGUCCUGGAAUUCCACGAUACCCAGUUCCCGUCGAUCCAAUCGGCGAAGAGAUUCGCCGAAUCCGCCACCAAAAAAGUUCGGCGCCGGCAGUAA